CGCUUGGCUCUGCUCCGCUCCGCUCUCCUCCAGCCCUUGCCAGGCCCUUUCCCUGCCCGCAGCAGCUCCUCGGCUGCGCAGCGGCGGCCCGCUCGGCAGCUGCAAGCGACCAGAGAGGCGGCGGCGGCGCCGAGGAUGAAGUGCAAGCCGAACCAGACGCGGACCUACGACCCCGAGGGCUUCAAGAAGCGCGCCGCGUGCCUGUGCUUCCGCAGCGAGCGCGAGGACGAGGUGCUGCUGGUGAGCAGCAGCCGCUACCCCGACCGCUGGAUCGUGCCCGGCGGGGGCUUGGAGCCCGAGGAGGAGCCGGACGGCGCGGCGGUGCGCGAGGUGUACGAGGAAGCGGGAGUCAAGGGGAAGUUGGGCCGGCUGCUGGGAGUCUUCGAGCAGAACCAGGACCGCAAGCACCGGACCUACGUGUUCGUGCUCACCGUCACCGAGCUGCUGGAGGAUUGGGAAGACUCGGUCAACAUCGGCAGGAAGCGAGAAUGGUUCAAGAUCGAAGAUGCCAUCAAGGUCCUCCAGUGCCACAAGCCCGUGCAUGCCGAGUACCUGGAGAAACUGAAGCUGGGCGGCUCCCCGACUAAUGGAAACUCGGCCGCCCCGUCCCAGCCAGAGAGCGAGCCCUAGUAUGUACCGCUCCCGCCCGCCUGCCCGCCCAUCCAUCUGCCCGGACUCCUGCCUGUCGCCUCCCCGCACUUGCCUCCUGCCUGCCAGGAGAGCACCUCUCCUGCCCAGUGCGUCCGCAUGGGCAGGAGGGAGUCUUCUUUUGUUUCCUUGGCAGGCAGACCUCUGAAUCACGCUUGCAAACUGUCUUGAUUGCCAGGCGCUGUUUGCAGACAAUUUGCACGUUUUUUUUUCAGAUGCUUUUCUAAUCGCUUCUUGGUGACACUGUAAAAAUCUUGCGCUCAGCCAGAGAUGCAUGGGAUUUUGUGAAAGGUGCCUUACUGCUUGCCCUGCUCUUCAUGGAUGGUGUGUGUGAGCGCGUGUGAUGUUUUUGUUUGGGUCUUUUUUUUGUCCAACACCCUUUACAUGUGUUUUGCGUGAGUGUGCGUGCGCGCUUUUGAUGCCAGCCUUGUGGUUUGUUUCUUAGUUGGAGGCCUUUAGAGUCCUACCAGCUGGCGGGGGAGGGGGAACGGGGGACAUCUUUUUGUGUUUUUUCCCCUUGUUUUCUCAUUCACAGACUUCACAGUGGAUUUGACUGGAGGGUUUAUCAACGUUCUAAAUGUAUUCCACAAUCCUGUAAUAAAUAUACAUGAACGGUGACACUAAUUUAACAUUUUAUUCUAUAGGUUACUUUCCAAAUUUGGUACACAUAGAAUUGAAUAUCAUCCUUUCCCCUCUUGGUUCUGUUACAUAAAUCCAUCUAAGUAAAAUAUGUGUAGUAAGCAAAAUUGAUAGGCAAAGAAAUGAGUACAAACCUGUUUACCAAAAUUAUAGCUUUUAUAAAUCAAGCAUGUAAUUUGAUAUUCUAAAUAAUGCCGAAUUAUUGAAUAGGAUUUUCACUAAUUACCGAGUAAUCUAAAUUACUAAAUAGAUAUUCCCAGUAAGCUCCGUUAAGAUAUAUACCAAUCCUAUAGAAACUGGAUUAUUGCUUUAUUUCUGUAUUGUAUACAUAAAAAUACCUUUCAUCUAUAAAUGCCGGGUAUAUGUUGGGGGGUCAACUACACAGUAUCAUAUUUUGACAUUUGAACUCUAUUUGACUAAUUUGAGGAGAUUGCUGAUUUAAGCAAACUUCAGUCUUGUUCUAUUAAUCAUACUUUGUUUCAUUUAACAGCAUUUGGAUUGAGCAGUAAAGUUUGCUGAGAUUUUCUGAGAUCUACAGAGAUUGUUUAUGCAAUUUCAAAACUUCCAGUACUUUCCAUUUCCAUAUUGCAUGCAAAAAAACUGUUAUCACUCUGUAAACUCAAAUAUAUACAGCUAAAUAUCCUUUCUGGGGUUCAUUCUAGAAAACAAAUAAAUGAAAGCCUCAAAAUACUCUUGUCUUUUUAACAGACUCAUUUCAGGAAAUUCAGAUAGAAAGAAAGGAAAUCCUGUCUCUAUCUCCUAGUCUCCAAAAGUUUACCAAACAGGUGUGGUGUGAUUUUCUCCCUGGAGUGAUUACUUAGUGCCUACGCAUUGUACAUGCCAAGUACACUGAAAAUGUACGCUGAAUUUUAUAGUUCAUCCCAUUUUCCCCUAAUCCAGUGUACUGAUGCAAGUUAAUUAGGACUUUUACAGAAGAUACCAUAAAUUUAUUUUCAACAUUUAGUCUUAAAGGGCUGAUUUUCCCUCCACUGGACAAGUGCCUACGUUUAACCUUCAAAAAGCUUGAAGUCAUGCUGAAGUCAAAGUAAUUUUGAUAUGCUUGAUACAGGCAUAAGAUGUAUUAGAAACUCAUGUUUUGUUGUUCAGAUUGUUUUUGCAAGAAGGGCUGAAAAAUGGCUACCAAUAAUUCCUUGAUUUGGUUUCCUUGGAAAGAACUGUUUUAAAGCUUUCUUUAGAAGCAUCAGUAAAAGAGGAAGUGUGUAAGAAGAACAGGCAGCUUGUUAAAUACCAGUCAGCACGGGUAGCAGUGCUUCUGGGACACGUGGUCCAACAGGCUCUGGAUCUGGUAUUGCUUCUUUUCCCACUUCCCUUUCUGGGUGCUCCUUUCUAAGAACGAACAAUGCCUCCCUUAGUGGUUGUUAGCUGGGAAGAAAGGAGAAGAUGCUUAGAACAUAUGUAAUACCAACAGCUAGCUAAGUUGUUGUUGUUGUUGUUGUUCUCAGAGAUCUUUUUGUGGAAGCACCUAUUGUAGUUAUGUUCCUAACUAACUGUUUUCCUUAUAGAAUAUGAACUUUGAGGACUAGGACCCAACCUGAAUCCUGCAUAACUCCAGGGCCUCAAAACGGGCUAAAAUUCGGAGACAUUUCUCAUUGACGCUCAUACUAGAAAUGUCUACUACCAGUGAAUUCCUGGUUUUCCCUUUUAAGCUUUGUAACAUACCUGGGAGAAUUGAUUUCUUUAGGCUCUCUCCUGUGCUGACAAGUGGAACUAUACUGGAUAGCUCACAGUGGAACUACAUUGGAUAAUUCACUGCAGGCUUUUCCUGUGUGAAGGGUUGAUGAAGCGUACUAAAUCCUCAGUAAAUAUUUGUUGUCUAGACGCUACAGGAAUGGACAAACCACUAAAACCUUAUUAAUCAGAUUAU